UCGGCUUGAUGGCUGGCAGAGUCCUGAGCUGGACCAUUGGGCAGAGGCGGCAGUACCCCCAAACCCACGUGCAGGCAUCGGAACUGGCCCUGGGAUCACACUCCCCUCUCUGGUACACAACUCGGAUCGGGUCUGGAAUAUCUAUCUGAAAGAGAGUAAGGCAGAUAAGGAAAGCAACACCUUUCAGUGUGAUGUGAAGGAAACGGAGCGGUGUGUGAGAGAGGCGGAACUGCUGGAACACAUGUCAGACAGAUUCUUCCCGCUACCGCGUUUUCUUGUGAAAAUAAAGCUCGCAUAGUUUACCAUGUCUGCCACCAAUUAAUUAAAGCCUUCCCGGCACCGCUGGUGAAGAGAAAUCGCGUCUUGGAGUGCCAGUAGAAGAUCCGUCCCUCACUCCGCCUUCAAAUUGAAAGAUCGAUAGAGCUGACUCUACUAUGGUGGCUCGUUGAGCACCGAGCUAUCAUUCCGUCACUCGUCUGAGCCGACCGACGUCCCUAAAGUUGAAGGGGGAGACUCUCCCGGUGUCGUCUGCUACAGCGUGUCGUCUGCUACUGCCUUGUGGACAGCACCACGACAAGCAAUGCUGGAACCGUGAAACUGCGCCAUGGGGACCCCUAGCAGUUUAGACGUGGGGAAAUGAUAAAAGUUCCCUAUCUAACGCGAGCGUCAGAGCGGUUCCCAGCGCGAGGACAAACAGCACGGGCAGCGGCCGGGAUCCUACAGAGGCGGCCUGUAUGGAAGGGCAUGGAAUCGCGGUGCUGUCUUAGCCCGCCUCGACACCCGCUAACCACCCUCGUCUUUUUCAUAAGUCUGGCCAUGCUGUCGAGAUCAGAAGGAUUUCCUAGCAGCUCAGGGUGCAAAGUGGACAUGUGUUGGAUGAGCUAUCAAAGAGCCACAGAUAUUCUCCCAGAACCGUUGAAGAACGAUGACCGGUGCAGUGCCCUCCGGACAUACAUGAAUUGUAUCAAAUCAACUGCCCGUGGGUGUCAAGGAGAUAUUCGAUUUUAUAGUGUCCGAAAUGGAGUGAAAAAUCAAAUGAAAUCUUAUAAUUGUACGGAGUUCGGACCGACAGUGGAUCCCGAUAAACAUACGCCUGUUCGCCCAACGAUACCCGAGGUGUGUACGUACCAAGGAAAGAAGGUGUAUAGACAGUGUGGCUUGUUCGGGGAUCCUCACCUCAGGACGUUUUAUGACGAAUACCAAACUUGCAAAGUGAAGGGAGCAUGGCCCCUUGUCAAUAAUAAAUACCUGACAGUCCAAGUUACAAACGAUCCCGUGACGGGACACAAUGGAGCUACCGCAACCAGCAAGCUAACUGUGAUAAUCAAAAAGAAGCCGGAAUGUUCGUCAGAUAAUUUCCUUAUGUACCAAGCUCAGACGGACUAUCUUCCCGGGUCGUUCUACGACGGGAAGACCCACUACGGCCAGCAUAAGAGCGUGGAACUCGUAGAAGUGGAAGCGGGGAAGAACGUUGAGAUUCAUAUUCAUUACAUCGAAACUACACUAGUGUUGCGGCAGAUUGGACGAUAUUUCACAUUCGCCAUUCGAAUGCCCGAGGAAAUUGCAAAUAAUAGUGUUUCGUUUGAUAAUCGACAACUGUGUGUUAGCGGGUGCCCUGAAAAGGAGAGAAUUAACUAUCAGGAGUUCCUGGCUCUGAGGAAGGAUAGGAUUGACUCUCUGUCAGAAAGUGAAAAAUCCUUCAUGCCAAGAGAGCAGGCUGAAGGUAUAUGUCGAGAUUCCAAUGUUGUGGAUUUUUACUUCGACUCGUGUGUGUUUGACCUCAUGACGACUGGGGACAAGAACUUCACUAUGGCGGCUGUGAGUGCGCUGCAGGACGUGGUCAAGCUUGACCCAUCAGCGGUCAGGUUCUCGGCCAACAGGACCUCUCUAGACAGUUACGAUGACCAGUACGGCAAUAGUGGUGUUUCAAGGACUAGGACCCCACAUGACUAUUCGUUGCUUGUGACGGUGACGGUAUUCCUGUGUAUGUUUUUUUGUCAUGAGCAUGUUCCAGUAUGAACGAAUGGGCGAGUGUAGACGACUUUCAAGACAGUACCAUUACAUUUCGGGGUUAUUGUGUUCCCGCCUGUGGCAGGAUAAAACCCAGGGCUGAUGUCUCUACUCCUAUCAACACUUGGCCCCUCACGUCUCCUUGGGGGUCACAUCUCCCCCUUGUUGAUUCUUAAGGGGCGGUGUGACCCACGUGGUCCAACCUGACCAUCACACAGUGGACCAGGAUACGUCAUUGAGGGAGUUGUUAGCUGUAUUAACCUUAGCCCCACAUUCACAUUGUAACCCUCUGGGCUCAGAUAUGUCCAUGGACUGGAGUCUACAAAAGAAAAUGACCAGUUCUCCACGUUUCUUGAAAAGGUUAUAAGUCUAAUACUACCAAGUUACGAUUCGUUAUGGUGGUCGUAAAGGACAUUUUGUACAAAUAGGUCUUGACACGUAAUGAUGUGUUUCAUGUUUAACUUCGUCAAAAUUGAUAUUAAUUGUGAUGUAAUGCAGGUUCAAUCUCCAACACCAAAUCUUAUACAGUCAAACACCGUUGUGUCGAACUUUUGGUGUGUCGAACUUACGGUUGUAUCAAUGUCAAAGCUUGGUUCCUUCUCUAUUUAUCAUUUUCGGUUGUGUCGAAACUCGGAUAACUCGAAGUAUUUACGUAGGUCCCUUCAACUUCGACACAUUAGUGUUUGACUGUAUCUGAGAGUUCUGAACAAGCAUUGUCAGAUACCAAUGCCAGGAGUGUGAUGGGUUUUCAAUCGUACACCGGUGUUGGUGAUAUUUUUGAAAUACCACAUGGAAUAUUGUCUAAACCAAAAUGGAAUAUUGAAUUAAAUCUCCCUGGUAUCCCCACAUGACUCGACUCCCCCUCCCCUUCUCUCUUGACAGAAGCCUGGAACUCAGUCAACACGCAAUGCACUCCUGAUGCGUCUAUUUUUGGCAAGACACAAAAUCAAUCUGAAUGUGAUUACGUGGUGCUGUGAUCGGUAUUUUUGCAGUUGGAAUUAUUCAUAAAUAUUUUGACCAUCUCUUUUCAAAGACUUGCCAUUUUCGCUGACGGCAUUCUUCAAAACAAAAUCUCUUCCGUGAUUCGGGGAUUGUGCGUGUACGAACGUGACAAUCAUCAAUCCUGUCACGCUGACGUAAUCGUCAUAUCUUGUAUGGGGGGAUUUUAUUUUAAAAUUCAGUCUUGAUUAUACCUUGCAAACACACGAAUUGGUCAAAAUUUCAUGUUGUGUUUUGAUGUUUUAUGACUCAAUCCAGCCGAAUGUCAAUGAAUCAAGUCUAUCAAAGUUAGUAUGUUACAUUGUCCGGGGAUGUGUUCGGAAAAUAGGACACUUCUUAAAGGAGCGUUCCCAUAGCUUUUUUUUCUCCCUGCCUUGCCAGUUGAACCAGUUCCAUGUGGUAUGAUGUUGGUAUGAAUGUGCAGCUGAAUGUAAAUAAGAUAAGCAUUUCCCAUUGUGAAGCAAUCCCAUUAUAUCUGAGCUCAGUUGGUCGCCCUUCAUACAUCAUUGUACACGUUACGCCAGUGGUGUAUGUAUAUAAUAUAUUGUGUAUGAAUAAGUAAGAUGCGUUGUGACCUCAAACUUGAAUCCUAAAGGAUCGACACCAAGUACCCCACAUCAAGAACCCCACAUCAUACCUCAAUUAACACAAUCAGUGGGGGAGGGAGGGGCGGGAGGGAGGGUGGAAUAUUGUGGCCAGUUUUUACGUGACGUUAUAGACCCAUGUGCACGUUUUGUUAUGGUGCUUAUGAUAAAUAGGCCACCUUAUGAACUAAUAAUUCAUAUGUUAACUAGCAAUAGUUAGGAAGUAUUCGUUACUGCAAAUCUUGACCAUGCAAAACAAUGACAGACACACACGUGUGAUUCUGGUGUCGUAAGUUCAAACUGAAUUAAGAAACACGAUUGACAAGACAUGCAUAUUAUUUUGUAGUUACUAAAAGGGUAAGAAAGUUUUGUGUUAAAAGGCCAUCUGUAAAGAUGAACACAUGUAAACAUUAAAUUUGAAAUUGAAAUUAUGAUUUGUUUUGAGAUUAUCAGCUUUUCGUUAUGCAUUGUCUAAUAUUGACAUUUAUCCUUCAUAUGAAUGGCACUGUGCCAUAAUGUUUCAACAUUGUGUGUCCAUCAGGCCCGUAUAGCUAACAUCACUUUAAGUGAUAUACUAGUACACACGACUGUGGAUGCAUUUGUUUCUCGUAUGGAUGAAGAUGUUGGUUGAGUGACGGCAACAGACACAUCGGUCUGUGAUAUGAGUAAGCAAUAUAGACAGUAUUGACCUAGGAACACGCCGCAACGAGCAAUACACAAUGUUAUGAAUGGUUGAUGUAUAAGGAGCUUAUUUAUUUGUUAUUUUGUUUGUCUUCAAGUUCACGUAAGAAUUGGUCAUGGUAGUGCACAUUGUGAUAAGGUAGACAAACUGUGCAAGACUCGUUUGUUGGCAAGUCCCAUAAUAUAUUACAGUAGGGCAUUAACACGGAUCUUUUAUUGCUCUUGUGGGAGGGAUGGGGGUGGGGGAGGCGAGGGGAGGGUUUUGUAAAUUAUGUCAGAGUUCUAAUGGUCCGAACUCUUGCCUCGCUAUACACAAGAGGUUGGACGACAAUUUGAAGUAAACACUAUGAAUGUUG